UUCACUUCCUGAAAGCGGGGCAAGGGCCAUUGCGCCCCCCAGCACCCGUCUUCCGAUGUCCCUUGGGUGCUUGAGUUGUUCCGUCAUCACGAUGCUCAUGCUGCCAUGAGUGUCGCUGGCGGCAUCCAUGUUGUGGAGCCAGAGCAGCGCACACGCUCGCUCUCUUCACGCUUUGAUCUGGCGCCCUGCGCGAUAUCCCGUCUGUCUUCGCUUUCGCUCCCUCGCCCUUUCACACCUCGCACGUUCUCCCGGAGCCCAUCAGAACGAUGCUCUCGAGUCGAGAAACCGAUGCUGCGGACCCUCCGCUCGAAGCGGAUGUCGAUGCGGCCGAUUCGCUGGGCAAUAAUCUGGAUCACGCCUCGUUCCCGCUCGAGGAUGCUGUUCUGCCGUCCAACGAUCAGGAUCUAUCAUACGAACAGCCUGAGAGCGAUAUAGCCCAUCACGACUGGGAAAGCAAUGGCUGGAACGACGGACCGGAACAGGAGCCGGCCGACCUUUCAGAGGAUGACGAUGCCGAUGUCGACAGCAUGGACCAGGGUGGAUACUUACUUCUGAACGACGACGAUGCCGGAGAGACCGGGGACGACAACGAUGAGGAUCGCCUCGAGGAUGGGCAGCGUUCAUAUGGACGAGCCCCAAAUAGCCAGCCGCCGGCAAAAGAGAUUGUUGUGGACGCCCGGAUGAUCGAUAUGGAUGCAGACAAGGUCGAUGCGAUCAAGUCAAUCAUGGCCGCGCUGCCGAUGCCGCCGACGAGCAUCCCAGAGUGGGCGCACCAUAUCUCAGAAGACGACUGGAUGCCGCAGCUCACCAAAGACCCAGCAUCGGACGCAUACCGGAUGCGGUUCGGCAAAUGACCAACGCCAUCGACGAGACGCUGCGGCGACACCAGCAAAUGGCGGUUCGCCACCUCGGAGGGAUUGAUGAUGGAUCGUCGGGGCGAUUGUGCAUUGGGCCGCAUUCGUGUGGCUCCUCUGGAGGCCCUGACGGUGCAGACGGGCCUGUGCAUUUGGCAAGAUCCAAUGGCAAGAUCC